UUUUGUCGAUAUCAAAAUUAUUAUUAUAUUCUGAGGGAAUAUAAAAAAAAAAAUUAAUUUCAAGAAAAUGUCAACAGAAGAAGGUUUGGUUAUGGUGGUGGAGGAUAGCAUCAGCUGUGGUUCAGCACCAGGGUCUGCCCCUGGUUCCCCAAAGAAUAGGGUCAAGUUUCUGUGCAGCCAUGGUGGCAAAAUCCUUCCCAGGCCAGCAGAUGGUCACCUCAAAUAUGUUGGGGGUGAGACCCGCGUCAUCUCUGUCUCUCGAGAUAUCAAAUUCUCAGAACUUAUGAAGAAGCUCACAUACCUAAUCGAAGAAGAGAUGGUGCUCAAAUAUCAGUUGGUCCAGGAGGAUCUUGAUGCCCUGGUUUCGGUGAAGACUGAUGAGGACCUGAAGCACAUGUUCAGCGAACAUGACCGGUAUGAAAGUGCAGGGUCCCCGAGGCUUCGAGCCUUCCUCUUCCCGGCAAACCCUGUUGUGGUGGAGAAUUACGCGGACGCUAUUGCAGUCGAGCAGCGAUACAUUGAUGCGAUCAAUGGCAUUGUUCGCGCCCCGCCCUCAUCAGGCACUAAGCUGCAUCACCCAACUCUGACUGUACAUCCUGCCCCUGGGGCUUCCUUUGGCAUAUCUUCUGCCUGCUCUUCCCCAAGAUCACCUGAGAGCUGCAACACCGAUGGAAAUGCCCAUGAACCCAUGCUCCAGAGCAGCUAUCACAGCACCCGAAUGCAUAUGCACAGGGUCCAGAGCUCACCCACUGUCUGCAACCUUACCGGUCUUCAGCAGCAGAACAGUGCUUCUGGUCUUCAGCUGUAUCCUCAGAAUUACUACCAAACCAUCAGGCAAGGCUUUCACCAGGGCUAUCAAUAUCCUAGCAAACCACCUGCUGAUGGCCAUAAAUGUGCGGGACCGGAAAGGCUGAUCUCGGUUAGAUCUGUUGGUCGGGCGGAAGGCACAAGAUACCAGGUGGAUCACGGUACCCCCUACUACCAAUCGGCCCCCAGGCACACCAGAGGCGGUGGGUGCUGCUCCAAAUGCCUGCAUUAUGAUGAAUAUGGUGCUGCUUUGGAGAAAAGAAUGGAAAGAGGAAGUAGUCUCUCUCCCAGCCCAAUUCCCCUCAGUCCUCGCCAGGGCCACAUUUUCGUCAAACCAUGGGAUGCUGCAAUAGGGGGUGAGAGCUGAUCAAUUGACUCCACAGUGGACCUGGUAUUACCAGCUUUGGGGUUCAAGAAACUGCUAGUCUCCCACCCACUCUGCACUCACAAUCUGGGUUUCAAUCUCACCACUCUGCUGCAAAAACUCAUCGCCAGUCGUACAUUGAUUUAUUUAUUUUUUUUUUUAAAAAAAGAAAACCCCCAAUCUUGUAUGUCACUAAUUAUACAUCAGUCCUAUUAUCUGGAACUUGUACACGGCUUUCUUCUCCGAAUCAGAAGGCAAGUAUCUCUGUUUA